AUGAGCAGGAAACUAUCGGAAUACCCCUACGGCUAUUCUCAGGCGGCGGAGCUUGAUUCUAGAAUCCGGAUGCCACGCCCGGCCAUCGACCCGGCGCUUGCGCCCAUCAUCGAUUCAUACCUGCUCCCCGAGGAACUUGAUCUCGGCUUUAUGCGCGGCUUGUCAUCGGACGGAGCUGACCAAGCCUCGUCUUACAAUUCUGAUGCUAUUACAGACGGGAGGCCACACCUCAAGCACGCGGAGCAUCGUGUCCCCGGGCCUGAUGGCAAUACAGUCAUCGUGUCCGCAUUUGCGCCCAAGGAGCCCACGUCAGAUGUGCUGCCAGGCAUGUAUUACAUGCACGGAGGAGGCAUGGUCUCCGGCGAUCGCUUCGCCGGAGUCAACGAGCUGCUGCAUCUCCUCGAGGGCAUCGAGUGUGUCGUCCUGUCCGUCGAGUACCGCCUCGCGCCCGAGACUCGCUCCCCGGGACCAGCCGAGGAUUGCUACGCCGGAAUCGUGUGGGCGUCCAGCAACUCUUCGCAGCUGGGCAUUGACCCAGCGGGCAUAAUUGUCCUGGGUGUGUCCGGGGGCGCGGCUCUGGCGGCGGCGACGUGCCUCAUGGCCCGAGACAGGCAGUCUCCCGCGACACCCAUCAAGGCCCAGAUGCUGCUGGCCCCCAUGCUGGAUGACCGAUGUCAGAGCGUCUCUGACCAGCUGUUCGAAUACGGCAGCCCAUGGUGCGGCGUCACGAAUCGCAUGGCGUGGGCGCACGUUCUUGGGGAAGCCCGGGGAACCGACGGCGUCUCGCCGUAUCAGUCGCCGUCCCGCGCCCACAACCUGUCAAAUCUCCCACAGACCUACGUGGACGUUGCGGAGUGCGAGGUAUUCCGUGAUGCUGCCGUGAGGUUUGCCACGGAUAUGUGGCGAUGCGGUUCGACGUGCGAACUGCAUGUCUGGCCGGGGGCCUUUCACUUGUUCGACGGGACGGAUAACCCUAAUGUGGCACUCAUUCGCGCCGCCAUCGCAUCUAAGCAGGCUUGGCUGAGGAGGAUUGUGCAGAAAUAA